GAUACCCCCGCUCUCUCUCUCUCUCUCUCUCUCUCUCUGUGUCACGAGAAAGCGUGGACCAAUCUCGUCUGGCCAUCCUCGUCAUCGUCACCAAUGUCCUCAUAAGCUUUCCUUCCUUUCUACUCUUUCUUUCUCUGCCUCUCUUUGCAUCUGUUUUUAUCGGUCUCUCACCAGUGUUGAUGAUUUUCAUCCAUGGAGCCAAUUCCCAUUCCGGGGAUAUGGUGAAAGGUGGGAUUUGUGGAUCUUCUGCGAGCUGCAUUUGUGUUCUGUUGGGCGAACACAGGGAUUAGGCCGAGGGGAGGAUUGGAGAAGACUUGAAGGAGCGUGGAAGGAUGGAGAAGAAGAAGUAUCCGAUUGGACCGGAGCAUUAUACGUUGUAUGAGGAGGUAGGCCAGGGCGUGAGCGCAUCGGUUCAUCGUGCCCUGUGUAUUCCUUUUAAUGAAAUUGUUGCGAUCAAGAUUCUCGACUUCGAGCGUGACAAUACCGAUCUGAAUAACAUUUCUCGUGAAGCACAAACAAUGAUCUUGAUUGAUCAUCCCAAUGUUCUUAAGUCGCACUGCUCCUUUGUUAGCGAUCAUAAUCUGUGGGUUGUCAUGCCAUUCAUGGCUGGGGGUUCUUGUCUUCACAUAUUGAAGGCUGCAUAUCCAGAUGGUUUUGAGGAGGUUGUUAUAGCAACAGUAUUACGUGAGGUCUUGAAGGGUUUGGAGUAUCUUCAUCACCAUGGGCACAUACAUCGAGAUGUCAAAGCUGGCAAUAUUCUCAUUGAUGCACGUGGUGCAAUCAAGCUGGGAGAUUUUGGUGUUUCUGCCUGUCUUUUUGAUUCGGGUGAUAGGCAACGCAUGAGAAAUACAUUUGUUGGUACACCUUGCUGGAUGGCGCCUGAGGUAAUGGAGCAAUUACACGGUUAUGACUUCAAGGCUGAUAUCUGGUCUUUUGGUAUAACGGCGUUGGAGCUUGCCCACGGACAUGCUCCUUUCUCAAAGUAUCCCCCAAUGAAGGUACUGCUUAUGACCUUGCAAAAUGCACCUCCUGGCUUGGAUUAUGAAAGAGAUAGAAAGUUUUCGAAGUCUUUUAAGCAGAUGAUUGCUAGUUGCUUGGUAAAAGAUCCUUCAAAACGCCCGACUGCAAAAAAGUUGUUAAAGCAUUACUUUUUCAAGCAAGCCAGGUCAAAUGAUUAUAUAGCACGCACACUUUUAGAGGGGCUGCCUGCUCUUGGUGAUAGAAUGAAGGAAUUAAAGAGAAAAGAAGAAGAUAUGCUUGCACAGAAGAAAAUGCCAGAUGGGCAAAAGGAGGAAAUAUCACAGAAUGAAUAUAAACGAGGGAUUAGUGGUUGGAAUUUCAAUCUUGAAGAUGUGAAGGCCCAGGCUUCCCUGAUCCCAGAUGUUGAUGAAGCUACCUCAGAAAGGGACCAAGGAGGCAGCUCAAGUUCACAGAUUGCCGAAACAGAAGAUAAUGAUCUGAUACAGAAUCAACUAGCUCCUAUUUCAUUAGUUGACUCAGCCGUGAAUAAUAAUACCAAAGCUAAAUGUGACAAAUCCGAUGAUGAAUCAAGCAUCGCUAGUUCAAGCCAUGAAAACCAUAUUUCGCGGACUUCUUCUCCCUGUCAUGAUGAUCAUUUUGAAAAUACUUUGGGUGAAAAGCCUGAUUUAGAGGUCAGCGGAAGAUUCUCGGGUGUUGUGUCUAUCAAUGUUCAUCAGAGGAAGGGGAGUUUAUCAGGCAAUACAAAUUUACCCGAAGUUAUUACCCCAUCUUUUAGAGGGGAGAGUGAUAAGAUGCAGAAUCAGGCAGCAGAUGAUGCACAUUAUGACAUACUCUCUAGAGCUUCAAAGUCAUCAGCAAACAGCGAUGAAUUUGAUGAGAAAGCAAAGGUGCCAGUUGUUCAGCAAAAGGGACGUUUCAAAGUUACAUCUGAGAAUGUUGACUUAGAAAAGGUGGUCCCAUCUCCUAUUCUGCAAAAGAGUCACAGCUUGCAGGUUGGUAAUUUUGAGGUGCUUACCCACCUUCAUGCAAUUUCUCUACCAUCACCAUCUGAUGCUUCAUCAUUGAAUCUUCUCAGCCAUUCUCUUUUUCCGAUGUUGCAUUCUGUUUUGCAGACAAAUAUACUACAAAGGGAGAGUAUUCUGAGUCUAAUGAAGCUAGUGUCUGUUGGUGACUCAACAGCUUUUCGCUCAGUCGACGGAGCAUCUACACCAGUUACUGCAGUUGUGACAGAGAAAUCUUUGCUGGAGGCAGCUCAUGAUAGGGAGAAGGAAUUACUCCAUGUAGUAACUGAGUUGCAGUGGAGGCUUUUAUGUGCCCAAGAAGAACUCCAGAAAUUUAAAACAGAUAAUGCUCAGGUUUGAUUUGUCAACUGAUACUGGGAUGGAUGUAGAAUGAAUUCCCAAAGCCCAAAGCCAUAACACCGAUGAAAAUUGGAAUUAGAACAAAAAAGAAAAGGAAAAAGAAUAUGAUGGCCAUGAUACAUGUCAUUAUGUUAGAGGUUUUGUUUAUAUUGUAUUAGGUGAUGAGAACCUCAUUUUGUAGCUAACCAAGUUGUGCAGUUUUACUGAAAAAAAUUGUACAUACACAUCAUCUCUCCCCUUGUAUGUACUUCCACAUACAAUACACAGUUAGCAUAGAUUUAAACUUGACAUGUGGAGAAGUAGUGUUUGUGAAAAUAAUAGCCUUAUCUUAGUCAAGAAGAUGAAAGGUUAUUGUUUUGCUCAUGGUCUACUUGCUCUUCUCUCGUGCCAUUUGAUUUGGUAAGAGCUGUUUUAUGCUUGUUCAUUUAACUGAACCAAAAAAGUUUGAGCGUAAAUUUUAGGCUUGUUUAAUAACACAAGCUUCAUGCUAAAA